AUCAGAUUUAGGGUCGUACGUCCUGGAUUUUGGUGAGAAAUUCACUCACCCGUUUGGCUAGAUAGCGUUUCGGCAUUUUGACCGAUGUCAGUUCGUGAUCGAAGCUGUAAAUCUAGUUCUUAACCUCAUUCAAUAACUGUGAAUCAUAAUCCUUAUUCCUCACACUGGUUUAUAGCCCUCACUUAGUCCUAGUAAGUAGGUGAGUAUUCUCAAGGUCACUUCGGUUUUGCUCAAAGGUUAUCCAUUAGUUAGUCUCACCGGCUCAGCAUACCUCACUUUUGACUUGAUCCUGAUCUGUUAUGUUUUGGAACUUGGUUGCCUUAGUGACCGCAAUGUUUUUGUUAAAUCUGGCAAGUCGUCGUUGAUAAUUCAAAACAAUACGAAAAAUGAACAAGAGCACCUGUUCCUUAGCUUCCUUUAGAUCUUGAAUCUCACCGUCAUUUUGUGCUUAUUUCUCUAAUUCACCCUUUCUUUCCAACUAUAUUCUUUAGUUUCAGUCUUCUACUAAUAAAGACGCUGCUACCACUGAAUAUUGCUGUUGCCAUGUCAGUGUUCUGAUGUUUGGUAAUUUGAGUAGAUGCUUAUUUGUUCCAGGUCUUUAUGGCAUACUGAUUGAAUGUAACUAAGUGUUUUUGGGAUUUAUUCACAUGUAUCUUUCACUAGAGAUCGUACAGUAGUGAGGUUUAAAUUCAGCGGUAUCAGUAUUGAAUGAAAUUUUAGGACUAAUUCCGGGCGGUGAAAUGAAGACGGAGUUCCUUUAUAUGUGUUUGCUAUUGGGGUAAUUUUAUCCCUUGAUACACAUCUGAUUCUUAAGCAUAUUUUAUAUGAGUUCUUUGCAACCGUCAAACACAGUUAAUUCGGGGAGAAUUUCCUAUAUAUUAGUGUGAAUUGCUCUGUUGAUUUUAAAAUCCCAGAGUUGACAUACGGACUGCGAAAGCUGUUUGCUUUAAAGUGAAGGUGAGUUGUAUCCAGAGACAGGGUGUUGUAGCGUAUUCAAACUACCAGCCCUAAAAGCCAAUGUCAUUGAGGUUGGGUAAAGUUGAUAGCUCGGUUAGAAAAUGUUGAAUGCUUCCAUGUCCAACUAUCUUAUUUUAUUCCAUUAUUACAAGCUAUGUUCCAGUUAACAAUGAAAAUACGAAUGAAGCUGUCUUCUGAAAGUAAUCCCCAUCUAUCGAAAUCGUUUUACACAGUAAAACUAAAUAUCGCUUUGAUCAAUUCCAACAAUUGGGAUAGUGCUCAGGUCAAGAAGCUGAGUGAAAUAUGGCAAACUGACAAUUUUCGCUACAUUUAAAAAGCUAAACAUCCUAUGACUUUCAGUUUGGUGACGGGUACAUAUAAAUUGUUUACUAAUUAUACACUAUACAGACUAUCCAAAACACUAAACCAAACCACUAAUAUGGAGUAAAUCACGCUUCAUUUUGGGGAUAUGAUGAUUCCAUUAUCAUUCUUUAUCAAAUUCCUGAACAUUACCGCACCUGAGAGUUUUAUUCGACGGAACGCUAUGCGGUUGCUUACGGUGCUUUCUAUCAAUCGUCUAAAAGAUACUCAAAAUGCUCUCCUUCAGUGUCGUACCGGAGUUUCAAAACUUGUGGAUAUACUUUCAGACACUCAUGAAGUUUUGCGGAAUGAUGUCAUACUUCUUCUAACGGAACUCACCAAAGCAAAUGCUAACAUCCAGAAAAUAGUAGCCUUUGAAAAUGCUUUCGAUUGGUUACUGAAAAUCAUAUAUUCUGAAGGUCUGUGUGAUGGUAGUGUGGUUGUAGAAGAUUGUCUUCGUUUGUUAUUCCAAUUGUUAGACGGUAAUCCAUCUAAUCAAGUCUUGUUUGCAGAAGGGAAUUUUAUUCAGCGUCUUUCGCUUUUAUUUGACUUGCAUUCUACUGAAAGUACACAGUCACACCUUUGGUCUGCACAGAAAGUUGUCAAUGCGGAGGUAGCUAUGCAGGUUGUUCAAACCUUGGUAGCGCCUUGUAAUAAAGCUCAAUUAACGCGAAACUGCCAGAAUGUGAUUUAUGAUUGUGGUCUUCUAGAAAAACUAUGUAAUAUUGUGAUGAUUAGUGGUGUUCCAGCAGAUGUCCUAACAAAAUCAAUCUAUGCUUUAGCGGACUCAAUACGUGGAUGCCCAAGAAAUCAAGAAUAUUUAGCAAAUUUAGUUACACCUUCAGAGCCCCCUCAAUCUGCUGUGAAUGUGCUACUCGUAUCUAUGUUAAAUAAGCAUCAAUCUGUAGUUGUGCGUGUAGCUGCGCUAUACUGCUUUCAAUGUUAUCUUGCUUCCAAUCAUCAGGGACAGAAUGCAAUUGUGAUGACAUUGCUGCCUAAACCUAAUGAUGUUCCACAGCUUGGUGUUAGCGCUGGUCAGUUGCUUUGUGGAGGAUUGUUUUCCAGUGAUUCAUCAGCUUGGUUUUCUUCAAUAGCUCUUCUUCAUUGUAUCCAUGAUAAUGUACAGCUUAAAGAAGAACUUUUGCGCGUACAUUUAUCUCCUAAUGAAGGAGCUCUACCUGUUACCCUUUUUCAUCAGUGCUUUAUAUGGCAACAACAAUGUAAUCGUUUUCAAACUCGCAUGGGUUUACUGCAGUUAUUAUGCACUUGGUUCACAAACUGUUCUGAAGCAAUAAGAUGUUUUUUAAAUCCAUCAUCCGGUACAGGAGAUGAUCGGACAGAAUCAGUGAAUCGUGGCUCGUAUUUAUGGACGCUUAUUGCAGAAGCGUGCGCAGUGGAUAAUGACGAAAAUGAAGCAUUAGUUCACGGUUUGACUACAUUAUUAGUUUGCAUCUGUGUAAUUUACAAUCCUGGGAAUGUAAAUGGAUUUGAAAGAUCAACAUUAUAUACUGCCCUGGAGAAACGUAUCGGGAUAGAUAUGAUUUUAGAACGUCUAAGUCAAAUAUCCAAAGCUGAAUCAUUUAUUACAGCCUCAAAAAAACCUCAAAUAUCUGUUCAGUCUACUGAUGAUUUAAUAUUUGAUUAUACAUUUACACGUUUAUUCAAACGAUUAGAAUAUGAAGUAAUGCAUACAUUCCAGUUGGACAGUAGUAUUAAUGGAGUAAAGAAUUGUACUUCAUUUAGUGAUAAUCACCAAAAUAGUAAACCUGUUGAUCCUACAAUUACAACGAUAAGUAAACAAUAUGAUGAGAAGCUGGCAAGACAGGAGAAUGAGAUAACGAUGUUGCGUAAUCGUAUAAGUGUAUUAGAAUCUCAGCUGAAUACUUGUCGUUCUACAAUUAAUAGUAAUACUCCAACUGAUGCAAAACAGAAUAACAUGGUCAAUGAAGAUCAACUACAAAAAUUAACCAUAACUGACAAUGUUACUAUUCAAAAUUUAGAACAGAAGUGUUUAAUGCUUGAAAAAGAACGUGAUAAUCUACGUGGUGAACAUGAAGAUUUAUUAUUACUUUUAAAUGAUCAAGAUGUAAAAAUUAUGAAAUUGUGUAAACUUGUUAGAGAGUUAGGCGGUCUUAUACCAAAUGAUAUUGAAUUAAAUAAUGUUAGUGAUUCACAAGUUACAGAUAAUCAUCAUAAUCAAUUAAGUAAUGAAAAUACUAAUCAAUCAUUAUCCACAUUUCAACCAAUUCCUUCAACUCUUCAACCAGAUACAUUACAGUGUCCAACAAAUUUCUCAUUUACAACUUCUGAACUAACUUUAUCAUCUAAUUCAAUAAGUAUUUCAACACCAUCAUUAUAUUGUGUUUAUGAUGAUAAUAAAUUACUUCAUACAUCACCACCUCCAUUAUUAUCUCAUACUAAUUCUAUACAAAAUGUAAUCAUGUCAACAACAGUAACAACAAGUCAAUAUUACUGUCCACAAGUAUAUUUUAAUGCUGUAACACAAAACUAUCCAUGUUCACCAUCAUCUACUUCAGUAACAUUGUAUUCUACUAAUAAUUAUCCAAUGAUAUCAUCGAAUUCAUUGAAUAAUGAUCAUUUGAAUUCAUAUACAAAUACACAAUAUUUUGAUGUUAAACAAUAAUAAAACAUUAAUUGAAAAAAAUACAUUUUAAAACUUCUAAUAUUACACAUGAAAUAAUUGUAUAUUGCUUUAAUGCAUCAUAUGAUGCCUAUGUUUUUUUUUCUUAUUUGAUUCAUUCCUCUAUGAAUAAAUGAAUAGAAACUUAUUUUUUAUGUGUAAAUGCGUUAGUUCAUCUUAUUUAAUUGUUAAUUUGUUUAACUUUCUUUUUAUUUUGAUUUUCUUUUCUUUUUUAUUUGAUGUUUUAGGUUCGUUGUUUCCGCUUUUUUCCCUAAAUAACAACCCCAAAAUAUUGUGUUGUGCUUAUUAUUGUAUCUUCAACUUCUUUUCUUCUUCUUCUCCUCAAUAUUUUCUAAUAUAAAAAGUUGUUUGUUCUCAAGAAAAGGAAUAAAUUUUUUUAAGAAAAAAAAAGAUUUAUACGUAGAUAGUUGUAGGGUAGGGUCAACGUUGAAAUUUGGACUGUUUUUACUGAUUGUAUACACUCAAUAAUUAGUUGUUCUGGUCUCCUGUUUAUCUAUAUUCCAUGGAUUGUAGUGGUGUUUUUUUUUCUGGUUGAUUUGUGCUCUAUUGAGUAAUUUACUUGGAUAAGAUGAUAUUGUUUUUAAAUUUAACUGGUUCUUCAUUCAACCCUGUUAAUUUUUUAUAAGAGGGAGAUUCAUGUUCGUCGUUAAUUAACCAACGAUUUAUGUAUGCUAAAGACAAUAUUUCGUAAAAUAUGCGCGUGCUUUUGUAUACUGAUGCUUUUAUGUUGUUACUUGACAUAAUCGACCUAACUUCAUUCACUAAGUGAAAGUAAUAUAUUUAGGAAAUGUAACUUGUAUAAUGAGUGUGUUAAUUGUGUAUUUGAAAUUCAUUGUGUAAUUGAGGAAGG